AUUUCUUAGCAAUACUGACGACCGUUACCUAUAACUUUAUAAACAGAUCGAACUUACUAGCAUCAUUUUUAGUAGCUAGAUCUACUGUGCCACCCCGCUUUCUAUGGCAUCAUUCAGCCACGAAACAGUUGAAAAAGUUGGAGCUAUUCUGAACAACUCUAGCCAUCCGCUAGCUGAGAGAUUUCGUGCUCUAUUCACACUCAAAGGAAUUGGAACACCUGAAGCUAUCACCCAGAUAUCCAGAGCGUUCACUGAUACCUCAGCACUAUUAAAACAUGAGUGUGCCUAUUGCCUUGGACAAAUAAGGCAUUCGUUUGCCAUUUCCAAGCUCGAAGUAGUUCUCAGAGAUAUAUCACAAGAGUCAAUGGUUAGGCACGAGGCUGCUGAAGCUCUUGGUGCAAUUGGAGAUCCAUCAGUCUGUCCCACGUUGGAAGAAUACGUGAAUGAUUCGGCUAAGGAAGUUGCCGAGACAUGUCAAAUUGCACUAGAUCGAAUCAAAUGGCUGCAUGAUAAAGACAAUGAAACAUUUGAAGACAACAACCCUUACAACUCCGUAGACCCAGCACCUCCUAUCGCAAAUGGAUCAAUUGAAGAGUGGAAGGUAUGUCUCAAUGAUUCUUCUCUCCCUCUCUUCCCAAGGUACAGGGCCAUGUUUGCUCUUCGUAACCAUGGUGGGCAGGACGCCGUGUUAGCCCUAGUGAGUGGCUUCCUGGACCACAGUGCUCUAUUUAAACAUGAGCUGGCAUAUAUUCUUGGCCAAAUGAAGGACUGCAAUGCGAUUCCGGCACUUAUGGAAAGGCUAAAUGAUAAGAGUGAGAAUUCGAUGGUGAGGCACGAGUGUGCUGAGGCUCUGGGAUCAAUAGCUACAGAGCAGUGUUUGGAAAUACUCGAACAAUUUAAGAAUGAUACUGAGCGGGUAGUAAAAGAGAGUUGUGAUGUAGCUAUUGACAUGUACCACUAUGAGAACAGUGAAGAUUUUCAGUAUGCCAAUGCUGUUGACAGUACCCAAUGAUUUGUGUAUUAUUUUGUUUUCUG